AUCAGAGAGCAGCAGCAGGUGAACAGACGGGGUGUGAUGUGAAACAAACAGGUGUGUAGAAACUGGUCGCCAUCAUUUGGAAUCAUGAAGCUUCCUGUACUGCUGCUGGGCUCCGUGCUGCUGCUGACGGCCUGGGUUCUGUCUCAGGAGGCUGGGGUGGCGGACCCACAUCAACAACAAGAAACCACUGAAGACCCGUGUAAGAAUUACACAGUGGUGUGUACCAGGGAGUAUGACCCGGUUUGUGGCAGUGACGGAAAGACAUACAGCACUGAGUGUAUGCUCUGCAAUCAUAACAGGGAUGAAAAAUUGGAAGGUGACAAGAGAGUGAGAGUGGUGAAAAAAGAGGCGUGUUAACUGACUGCAGCAUGACCUAACAAACACACUGCGCUGUUUGUGAAGAAGCUUACAUCAGUCAUCUCUAACACACCUGCAUAAUAAACUCCUUCCCAGCA